UGUUGCUAUGCUAGACAGCAGUUCGGAGAGUGCACAGACGUCGUUCAUUGUUUUCAAAAAGAAAUGGUAAAAUCUGCCUAAUUUUUCGGGGUUGAGACUGCCUUUAGAAAGCAUAGUGCACUUGCAUAGACAUGACAGUCUAUUUUGACCAUCGUGUGCAGCCUCCUGCUGCAGGGGCUAAUGUGGACAUUGCAUGGCAUCCCACCCAUCCGUACUUGGCUGUGGCAACGAGGGGCGAAGUAGGGGGUGGCUACGUUCAGCUUUACAAUGAAGAGGGUGAGCCCAUAGAGAACUCCAAUGUCCAGCGGUCCUUUUCCCCAUCAGCCUUAGCCUGGAACCCAAGCAAGCAGUCGGUCGCGGUCGGUUGGGAGAAUGGCGAGAUCCAUAUAUGGAGUGAGCAGCACCACGAGCUGUUUGAAGCACCCAAGCUACACAAAGGAGAGGUCUGCUUGAUAGUCUGGAACGAUGCAGGGAGCCGUGCACUGACGGCAGAUAGGACGGGGUUGGUGAUCAUGUGGAAAUGUGACACAAGAGGGCGCUUCACAACAACCCCACUGUGCAAGGAAGAGUUGAACCAGGUACCAACACAGUGUGUGUUCCAGCCAGGCAUCGACACAGACAUUUCUGCUGAGACGUCAGCCCUUGCCCGAGCAGCCGUCAGCGGAGACCAGAGGGCGCUAGACAUGUUUGCGUGGGACAAGAGCUCCCUCAAGCUUCCUGGAUCUAAUACGGAUGGCUUAACCUGCUACGUCGGCGGCUCUGAAGGCAAAGGCUAUUUCAUCGAUGAUAAAGGAGCCUGCAACCAGGUCCUGACCACAGAUGGGCCAAUUAAGAAGCUGCUGUUCAACAGACAUCGUAAUAUCCUGGUAGCAGUCACUCAGUCACUCAUGCUAACUCAGUACAGUCUGUCAUCAGAUGGCAAGACCACAGAGACAAUGAAGGUCAAGCUGAGUGGUAAAGCGUCCGAGACAGACUGUGACAUGGUCUGGGCAGGCAAGGGCCUGCUAGCAACGGCUAGCGGAGAAUGUGUUAUCAGGAUGUGGGAUUUAGACAAAGACGAUAACUACAUCUUGGGUCUGGAUGCACAGCAAGGCUUUGAGACAGGAGAAUGCAUCAACUGUGUUGCCUACUCUUCCAAGAAAGGAGUUCUGGCUGGUGGGACGGACAAAGGCCGCGUUGCCAUGUGGAAGUUUGCCCCAUCCCAGGGCAUCAUGGCACGGAAACAGGACGGAGAAACCAAGUGGAAACUGCAGGCCCCAUCUGUGUUGGAAGGGAACAUCUUGCAGGCCAAGUGGGGUACCAGUAGGGACUACUUGGCCCUCAAUAGCAUCGGUAGUGUGGUCAUUCUCCAUGCACUCGAUAUGAAUGCCCACAUCAAAGAUCAGGUUGCUGCUGUCCAGACAGGACCCAGCUCCAUGACCUUAGACAUCCUGGGGUCAGGGUCGCACCACGAGGUCAAGACAGACAUUCACAUCAAGGGCAUCUACACUACCAAGGAACAUGUAGCUAUCUGGAACGGCAGGAAGGUAGUUGUGUACGACAUCUCAUCCGCUGUUAGGGCAGCUGGUACUUUCUCCACGGACUCCAACCUUGUGUGUUUGUACGAGCAAAACGCAUACACCACCGAACCAGGCAAGAUACAAGUCAGAAAUUUCCAGGGCACAGUGAAGCAGCUGAUCCCAUUGAAUGAGAUGGAAGGGGAACCGGCUACUAUGGACGUCAGCGGUCACUUCUUGGUGGUCACUACAACCACCGGCUUUGUCAAAGUCUUUGAUGUGUCCCGAAGAGAGGCCAAACCACACUGUAGCCCCAUCAACCUGAGUGAGUCCGUAACAGGACUUGGCACUAUCACCAUGGGGAAGAUCAACAGUAAUGGCACCAAGGUCUGCGUCAUAGCCAAUAAGUCCAACGGGACCCCUGAUAGUAAACUGUACGUGUGGGAUUGUGACCUGGGUACUGUCACCGUGUUUGACCUGGCUACUGGCCGAGGUGACCAGGAAGAUUACAGUAGUCAAGACGAUGAAAUAAGCGAUGCAGAAAGGGGCCGUGCAGAAGCUGCCCAUGACAUCGCUGGUCGCUACCCUCAAGCUGUCCACUGGGACCCCAACGAACCCAAGCUGCUCAUCUGUCAGGCCAAGCUGUCAGAGUCCAACGACAAACCCGCCACCAAGAAAUCCUCCCUGCUAAUGACCAUGAAAGAUUCACCGCCCGAUGUAAUGAUUAUAUCGCUGUUUAGUACCCUGGAGCACGGCAUUGUGUUACAAGACAGCUUUGGUUUGGCACCAGCCUUUAGCCACCUGCUUGGACUGAAAGUACCAUACUUCUACUUCAUCAAGAAGGCUGGCGAGAAGAGCGACGGAGUCACCUCCUUGUCCCCAGGGUCCCUGGUAGCCAAGCAGGUCAUGAGGGACUUUGUUGGGCUGGAGGAAGGAGACAAGAAUGCCCAGGAGGCCAUGAUGAACUUCAGUUACUUCCUGACCAUAGGUAACAUGGAUGAGGCCUUCAAGGCCAUCAAGCUCAUUAAGAGCGAGACAGUCUGGGAAAACAUGGCCAAGAUGUGCGUGAAGACCCGGCGACUGGACGUGGCCAAGGUGUGCCUGGGUAACAUGGGCCAUGCGCGGGGAGCAAGGGCGAUGCGGGAGGUGGAGAACGAAGCCGAGCUGGACGCCAAGGUAGCCAUGUUGGGCAUACAGCUGGGACAGUUGGAGGAUGCGGAGAGACUGUACAAGAACUGCACCAGACAUGAUCUGCUGAAUGAGUUCUACCAGGCUAGUGGGCAAUGGGGAAAGGCUAUGGAGACAGCAGAGCUGCAUGAUAGAAUCCACCUGCGCACAACUUACUACAACUAUGCUAAACACCUAGAGGCCAAAGGUGACAUCAAUGGAGCCAUACCAAACUACGAGAAAUCGGACACCCACCGUUUUGAGGUUCCCCGCAUGUUGUUUGACGAACCCCAGGCAUUGGAAGCGUACAUCAUGAAACACAAAGACAAAUCUUUGAGGAGGUGGUGGGCUCAGUACAUGGAGAGCACCGGUGAGAUGGAGACGGCUCUUCAAUUCUAUGAGGCGGGCCAAGACUUUCUGUCUCUGGUCAGAGUCUACUGUUACUGUGGCAACCUGGAGAAGGCUGCUGAGAUUGCCAACGAGACUGGCGACAAAGCUGCAUGCUACCAUCUUGCAAGACAGUAUGAAAACCAGGAUAACAUCAAGGAGGCCAUUCACUUCUUCACCAGAGCCCAGGCGUACAGUCAGGCAAUUCGGCUGUGCAAGGAGAAUAACCUGGAGGAUCAGUUGAUGAAUCUUGCGUUGAUGAGUUCUAAUGAGGACAUGAUAGAGGCAGCUCGCUACUACGAGACAAACUCUAGCACCAUGGACAAAGCUGUCAUGCUGUUCCAUAAGGGUGGGCAUUUCUCCAAGGCCUUGGAGUUGGCCUUCAAGACCCAGCAGUUUGGUGCCCUCCAGCUGAUCGCGGAGGACCUUGACGAGCGAACAGACCCCAUCCUGCUGAACCGCUGCGCCGAGUUCUUCAUGGAGCAUGGACAGUACGACAAAGCUGUGGAUCUGAUGGUGGUGGCCAAAAAGUACAACGAGGCCUUGGACCUCUGCCAGUCUCAGAGCGUACCGAUCACAGAACGCCUGGCAGAGAAGAUGACUCUCUCUAAGGACAACAAGAACAAUGAGGUCCGUCUCAAGCUGCUGGAGAAGGUCGCCGAUAUCUGCUUCUUGCAAGGCUCCUAUCACCUGGCCACUAAGAAGUACACGCAGGCUGGCAACAAAGCCAAGGCCAUGAGGGCGCUCUUAAAGUCCGGCGACACAGAGAAGAUCAUCUUCUUCGCUGGAGUGUCCCGCCAGAAGGAGAUUUACGUCAUGGCGGCCAACUAUCUACAGUCCCUGGACUGGCGGAAAGACCCAGAGAUUAUGAAGAAUAUCAUCGGGUUCUACACCAAGGGGAGAGCGCUGGACUCACUGGCUGGAUUCUAUGAUGCCUGUGCUCAGGUGGAGAUAGAUGAAUACCAGAACUAUGACAAGGCCCUGGGAGCGCUGAGCGAGGCCUACAAGUGCCUCAGCAAAGCUAAGAUGAAGAACGCCUCGCUGCAAGAGGAGAAACUCGGCGCUCUCAAGUCACGCAUUGGACUCAUCAAGAAGUUUGUCACCGCACGCAGGGUGUAUGAUGAGGAUCCUGAUGAGGCUAUGAGGCAGUGCCAGGUCCUGCUGGAGGAGCCAGACUUAGACAAUGCUGUUAGGAUUGGGGAUGUGUUUGGCAUGAUGAUUGAACACUAUGCCAGGCAGGAAAACUACAAGAAGGCCUAUGCUUUCAUGGAAGACAUGCGCGGCCGCAUUCCCACAGUCAACAUGGCCUACUACGUCAACAUGCGCACCAUUGAGGCUGUACACAGGGCCUUGGACAUCCCGCUGGGACGCGGCAUGGGGGCGGAGACUACCGCUGGCCAGGGGGAGGACGAUGACGUGGAGGAGGACGUGCAGGAGGACUUUCAGGACGAUGAGGGUUUUUGUUGAGAACGUGCUGAACAAAGAUUUGCCGAGAACCAGUCAAGAGCUGUAUCAACGAGCUGGGUCAAUGAGUCCGAGUACCGAGUCAUGUAGGUCGAGUCUGAGUCACGAGUCACAAAGGCCGAGUCUGAGUCACGAGUCACUUUCAUAUAGCACUAAAAAUGAUUGGAAGAUACUGCUGGGCCAGGCACCAGUGUCUGGAAAGGAUAAUCUAGUACCGAACACUAUCCAGCUUGCAUUUAUUUACGCAAUAUCAAGUGCGGACGCUGGGGUACAUGUUUCGAUACAUUGAUUUACCGAAUCAAUAUAUCGGAAACAAGCCAGCCGCAUGCGCUGUUUAUGUACAUUACUUAUAUGCAUUUCUAUUGCACUUCACUGACUGUUUCACUCAGGAAAGGGUCAUCUUCAAACUAAUUUGUAAUCAUAUCAUUGAAAAAAAUAAGUGAUACGUGGUGAUUUUGGUCCAGUCCCGAGUUACGCAGGUUGAGUCCCAGUCCAAGUCUGAGUCCGCAGGGUCAAGUCCGAGUCCACAUCCGAGUCAUUUGUCAUCAUUACUUGAGUCCGAGUCACUGAAAAUGGGACUCGAGUCAGACUGGAGUCCAGGUCAUGAGUCAUACACUUCUGUUUAAGGGUCAUUCUAUAAGUUUGGGGUCCCUUUUUUCUGUCCCAUGUGACAUCUAUCAUUUUGUGAUUCUGAUGCACUCCUUAAAUCUAUAGUCCAUCAUUUGCAGCC